AUGGCUGACUCGGACAGGAUUUACAACGCACCGGCAGGCUUAAAAUCCAAAGUUUGGAGAAAAUUUGGCUUUUAUAUGAAAGAUGGAUUGCUGGAUAAAAGCGUCGCCAUAUGCAAAGAGUGUAAAGCCGCGCUAAAGUAUACCGGUAGCACGACAAAUCUCAACACUCACUUGGUGAGACGACAUGGGGAAACAGGUGAUGAGGAGGCAAGCACAGCUAGCGCAAAGACACGGCAAGACACAGACAUACAAGAGUUCUUCCAGCCAAAACUCAGCCACAACUCGGCGCGAGCCAUGGUAAUAACGGCUUCAAUCGCCCGGUUCAUUGUUAAAGACUUGAGACCAUACUCUGUAGUGGAAAAUGAGGGCUUUCGGGACAUGAUAAAAACAUUAGAGCCCCGGUACACUAUACCAAGUCGGCAGCAUUUCACGGACAAGUGUGUGCCAGAGCUUUAUAACAAGGUUAAGAAUGAAGUCAAAGAACAGCUAUUCAACACAGAACGAGUGGCAAUUACCACCGAUGCCUGGACGUCAUGUGCAACUGACUCUUAUGUGACAAUCACAGCGCACCACAUCUCUCCUGACUGGGAGCUGAGGAGUCAUGUUUUACAAACCAGAGUAUUCAACGAGUCACACACAGGUAAAAACAUAGGUGCUUUAUUAAAAGAAGCAUGUACUGACUGGAACAUUGCUCAUAAAGAACCAGCCCUGGUAACUGAUAAUGCCCGAAAUAUGAUUGCAGCUGGAGUGGAGGCAGAGAUGACACCACACCUCAGUUGCUUUGCUCACACAUUAAAUCUGGCCUCCCAGAAAGCCUUUCAAGUGGACACUGCUGCAAGGCUACUGGGAAAAGUGAGGAAGGUGGUUGGGUUCUUGCACCGCAACAUAAAGGGAGCUGAAAUCCUACGGGAGAAACAGCAGCAACUGACUUUGCCUUCCCACAAACUCAUUCAAGAUGUGUCCACCCGGUGGAAUAGUUCCCAUGACAUGCUGGAACGCUUUUUAGAACAGCAGCCUGCAGUUUUUGCCACACUCAUGUCAAGGGAGCUCAGAAAAGGAGAGGAGGUGAAUUCUCUUAAUGAGAAAGACAUCUGUAAUGCUGAAGACAUCGUCAGGUUGAUGGCACCUGUCAAAGUAGUGACAACUAUCCUUUGUGAGGAUGAGAUGCCCACAGUAUCAAUGAUUGCCCCACUCAGAGCAAAACUAAAAAAGCACUUUGAAGCAGCAGAUGAAGACACACCACUCAUCACUGAGAUGAAGAAGGCAUUUAAGAAUGAUUUUGAGAAGCGAUACACACAUCUUGAGGACCUCCUCUACACUGCAUCUGCUAUAGACCCUCGCUUUAAGACUCUCCCAUUCCUGAGUGAUGAUGAUGCUGAGAGGAUCUUCAUAAGUAUUUCAGCUGAAGCUACUGCCCUGCUUAACAAGGUAAGCCAAACAAACACACCCUUUCAUUAA